UUAUUGGAAGUCUCCACCGACCGGGGCAGUUAGUUCUUAUCGGUACAGCACUGCAAGUAGCAGGAACUCUCGCGAACACCAGACCAACCGUCGUAGUGCCUCCAUCACUGGACCUAGCAGAGCUGUGUUUUUUCUCCUUCUUUUCAUCCUCAAGUGCUAAUUGCAAUUGAUCUUCGAAGCCGGAAGGUGUCCGGAUCGUUUGUGGUGCGCAAAUUGUGGUGUCGGUGGUCGUGGAAAUUGCAAUCGGGUGCCGUUGUGUUGAGCGUGACCGUGUGAUUGAUUGGCCCUCGUCCGAGUUGCCAGUGUGCCAGUAGAGCGGUUUCGUGUGUGGGUUCCGGGUGCCGUGUCCGUUAGUUUUGCAGCAUCAUGGCGCCAAAAGAUGACCCGGAGGUGGCGGCAUUGAAGAAGGAGAUCACGGAUAUGAUUGCCAAAUUUCAGGAGGAACAGAAAAAGGUAGCCGACUGUAAGCUGUUCGACAAGUGUGCCGAUCUGGGCGACGUGCCGAAGGUGCGCAUCACCACGAAAAAGUUCCUCAAGGGCCACAUCAACAAGGUCAACUCGGUGCACUUUGCGGGCGAUUCGCGGCACUGCGUGACCGGCUCGCUGGAUGGCAAGCUGAUCAUCUGGGACACCUGGACCGGGAACAAGGUGCAGGUGAUACCGCUCCGUUCGGCCUGGGUCAUGAGUGUGGCGUACGCCGACUCUGGCAACUUUGUGGCGUGCGGCGGCAUGGACAACAUGUGCACGGUGUACGAUCUGAACAACCGGGACGCGCAGGGCAAUGCGAAGAUUGUGCGCGAGCUGAUGGGCUACGAAGGUUUCCUCAGCUCCUGCCGCUUCCUGGACGAUACACACAUCCUGACCGGGUCGGGCGAUAUGAAGAUCUGCGUCUGGGAUCUGCAGGUCGGCAAGAAAACGUCCGAGUUUGAUGCGCACGCCGGUGACGUGGUGUCGAUCUCGAUGAGCCCGGACAAGAACACGUACGUGACCGGGUCGGUGGACCGCACCUGCAAGCUGUGGGACGUGAGGGAAAACACACCGAAGCAGACGUUCUUCGGCCACGAGGCGGACGUGAACAGUGUAUGCUAUCAUCCGAGUGGAUUCGGGUUUGCUACUGGCUCGGAGGACAAGACGGCCCGUUUGUUCGAUUUCCGCUCCGAUCAACAGAUUGGCCAUUACGAACCACCGAACCAGAGCAGUGGAUUCACAUCUUGUGCCUUGUCACUGAGUGGCCGCUACAUUCUUUGCGGCUCGGACGAUAACAACAUUCACAUCUGGGACACCAUGAAGGGAUCACACAACGGUACGCUGAGUGGCCACGAAAAUCGCAUCACUUCCAUCUGCAUGGCCCCGAACGGUAUGGCACUGGCAUCGUGCAGCUGGGAUCAGCAUGUGCGCAUCUGGGUUUAGAGCGUAAGGAGCUGACGAUCUUCGACAAGUUUCUCCGCUCCCGCUACUACAUGCUUCCGCUGUUUGCGCAUACGCAAGCGCAUACGGCCUGCGUUUUGAUUUUCCAGUGAUCUACCGCUCCAACCCACUCUAAAUAUCUACGCAAGUAUCAACGCAUGAUCGAACACAAGUGCAGCGUUACAACCUUACCACAAGCUACUCAAGAACGCGUUUCUAUAAGAAGCGAACCCAAAAUACAUACCGCUUUGCUCCGUUAUAAAUAUGUA